ACUGCAGGAAAAUGUUGACUUAGCCCCAGCGAAGCCUCCCGGCUGGCUGCGUGGAGGAGAAGCCGCCUCCCGCUCUGCGCUGCCCCGGCCCGCCGCGCCGCAGCGCCGGCUGCCUCCCGUUGUCCGCCCGAGCCGGCCGCUUGCCCGCCUGUUCCCCGCGCAGCCGCCAGCGGAGCCCCGGGACUAAGUCCGCCGCGUUCUCCCGCAGCCCUGCGCUCGGUGGGGGACUCGACCCGCGGGUCCCGCCAGGGCGAGAGAUCUCAGCCCGCCUUCGGCUCUCAGACAGAGGUAUGAAGAUGAAUAAUGCAGACCACUGGUUUCGAUGAUGCUGGGCUUUUAUAACUGGAUUCAUUAAGGAAUACAAAGAAAAUUCUUACAGGGAUCAAUAAUGGUGUCUUCUGGCUGCAGAAUGCAAAGUUUUUGGUUUCUGCUUGUUAUCAGCUUCCUGCAGUGUACUGAAGGUUUUAGCCGAGCAGCGCUACCGUUUGGUUUGGUUAGGAGGGAGCUCUCCUGUGAAGGCUACUCCAUUGACCUCCGGUGUCCAGGAAGUGAUGUUAUUAUGAUAGAAAGUGCUAAUUAUGGACGGACAGAUGACAAGAUUUGUGAUGCUGACCCUUUCCAGAUGGAGAACACAGAAUGCUUCCUUCCAGAUGCCUACAAAAUUAUGACACAAAGGUGCAACAACCGGACACAGUGUAUAGUAGUUACCGGAUCAGAUGUAUUUCCUGAUCCUUGUCCUGGAACAUACAAAUAUCUAGAAGUUCAGUAUGAAUGUGUUCCUUACAUUUUUGUUUGCCCGGGGACGUUGAAAGCAAUUGUGGACUCACCGUAUUUAUAUGAAGCUGAACAAAAAGCAGGUGCUUGGUGCAAAGAUCCUCUCCAGGCUGCAGAUAAAAUAUACUUCAUGCCAUGGACUCCGUAUCGCACCGAUACUUUGAUAGAAUAUGCUUCUUUAGAGGACUUCCAAAAUGGACGCCAGCAGACGACAUAUAAAUUGCCAAAUAGAGUGGAUGGCACUGGAUUUGUAGUGUACGAUGGCGCUGUCUUUUUUAACAAGGAAAGAACUAGGAACAUAGUAAAAUUUGAUUUGAGGACUAGAAUUAAGAGUGGAGAGGCCAUAAUCAAUUAUGCUAAUUACCAUGACACCUCUCCAUACCGAUGGGGGGGAAAGACUGACAUUGACUUGGCAGUUGAUGAAAAUGGCUUGUGGGUAAUUUAUGCUACGGAGCAAAACAAUGGGAUGAUAGUAAUUAGCCAGCUGAAUCCCUACACCCUGCGUUUUGAAGCCACCUGGGAAACGACAUAUGACAAGCGGGGAGCAUCCAAUGCUUUCAUGAUAUGUGGUGUCCUGUACGUAGUGCGGUCAGUGUAUCAGGACAAUGAGAGUGAGACCGGCAAGAAUGCCGUCGAUUACAUCUACAAUACCCGGUUAAGCAGAGGCGAGCAUGUGGACAUUCCUUUCCCCAACCAGUACCAGUACAUCGCUGCAGUGGAUUACAACCCCAGAGACAACCAGCUGUACGUGUGGAAUAACAACUUCAUUCUGCGAUAUUCUUUGGAGUUUGGCCCACCUGAUCCUGCCCAAGUGCCUACCACAGCAGUGACAAUAACCUCUUCAGCAGAGCUAUACAAAACCACAGUGUCAACCACUAGCACUACAUCACAGAAAGGUCCCAUAAGCACAACAUUAGCUGGAGGAGCAAAGGAAGGAAGCAGAGGACCCAAGCCACCGCCACCCAUUUCCACAACCAAAAUUCCUCCCGUGACAAGUUUUUUCCCUUUGCCAGAGAGAUUCUGUGAUCCGACUGAGGCCAGGGGGAUUAGCUGGCCUCAGACACAAAGAGGAAUGAUGGUUGAACGCCCUUGCCCCAAAGGAACACGAGGAACUGCCUCCUAUCUCUGCGUGGUCUUAACUGGAAUGUGGAACCCCAAAGGCCCUGAUCUAAGCAACUGCACCUCACACUGGGUAAAUCAGCUGGCUCAGAAGAUCAGAAGUGGAGAAAAUGCGGCUAGUCUGGCCAAUGAACUGGCUAAACACACCAAAGGACCUGUCUUUGCUGGUGAUGUUAGUUCAUCAGUGAGGCUGAUGGAGCAGCUUGUGGACAUUUUGGAUGCUCAGCUGCAGGAACUGCGGCCCAGUGAAAAAGACUCUGCUGGAAGGAGUUAUAACAAGCUCCAAAAACGUGAGAAGACAUGCAGGGCUUACCUUAAGGCAAUUGUGGAUACAGUGGACAACCUGCUCAGGCCUGAAGCUCUGGAGUCCUGGAAGGACAUGAAUUCUUCAGAACAAGCCCAUGCAGCCACAAUGCUACUUGAUACAUUAGAAGAAGGGGCUUUUGUCUUGGCUGAUAAUCUCUUAGAACCGACUAGAGUCUCAAUGCCCACAGAAAAUAUUGUUUUGGAUGUUGCAGUGCUCAUUACGGAGGGCCAGGUGCAGGACUUGAAAUUUCCUCAGGGCAGCAAAGGAGGGAACUCUAUUCAGCUCUCUGCAAGCACUGUGAAACAGAACAGCAGGAACGGGUUAGCAAAACUGGUUUUCAUCAUUUACAAAAGUUUAGGGCGUUUUCUCAGCACGGAAAAUGCAACCAUAAAGUUAGGCAGCGACUUUGCUGGACGGAAUAGCACGAUUGCGGUGAACUCGCACGUCAUUGCAGCCUCUAUCAACAAGGAGUCUAGCCGGGUGUACCUGACUGAUCCUGUGCAUUUUACACUGGAACACAUUGAUCCUGACAAUUAUUUCAAUGCAAAUUGUUCCUUCUGGAACUACUCAGAGAGGACUAUGAUGGGAUACUGGUCAACUCAAGGCUGCAAACUUGUUGACACAAAUAGAACUCAUACAACGUGUGCUUGCAGUCACCUAACCAACUUUGCAAUUCUUAUGGCUCAUCGGGAAAUUGUGUACAAAGAUGGAGUGCACGAAUUGCUCCUCACUGUCAUCACCUGGGUGGGAAUUGUCAUCUCUCUUGUUUGCCUGGCCAUCUGCAUCUUCACAUUCUGUUUUUUCCGUGGCCUGCAAAGUGAUCGUAACACUAUUCACAAGAACCUUUGUAUCAACCUAUUCAUUGCUGAGUUCAUUUUCCUAAUAGGCAUCGAUAAGACAGAGUACAAGAUUGCAUGUCCAAUAUUUGCAGGUCUGUUACACUUUUUCUUCCUGGCAGCCUUUGCCUGGAUGUGCCUGGAAGGAGUGCAGCUUUAUCUGAUGUUAGUAGAAGUAUUUGAAAGUGAAUAUUCUAGGAAGAAGUACUAUUAUGUUGCUGGCUACCUCUUCCCUGCUACAGUCGUUGGUGUUUCAGCAGCUAUUGACUAUAAGAGCUACGGAACAGAGAAAGCUUGCUGGCUUCAUGUAGAUAACUAUUUUAUUUGGAGUUUCAUUGGACCUGUUACCUUUAUUAUUCUGCUGAAUCUUAUCUUCCUGGUGAUCACAUUGUGCAAAAUGGUGAAGCACUCAAACACUUUGAAACCAGACUCUAGCAGGUUGGAAAACAUUAAUAAUUACCGUGUUUGUGAUGGCUACUAUAAUACGGACUUACCUGGCUAUGAAGAUAAUAAGCCAUUUAUCAAAUCCUGGGUCCUGGGUGCAUUUGCUCUCCUGUGUCUCCUUGGCCUAACAUGGUCAUUUGGCCUGCUGUUUAUCAAUGAGGGCACUGUUGUGAUGACGUAUCUCUUCACAGUAUUUAAUGCUUUCCAAGGAAUGUUUAUUUUCAUCUUUCAUUGUGCCCUUCAAAAGAAAGUACGUAAGGAAUAUGGCAAAUGCUUCCGACAUUCUUACUGCUGUGGUGGACUACCAACUGAGAGUCCCCACAGUUCAGUGAAGGCAUCAACAACAAGAACUAGUGCCCGCUAUUCCUCUGGCACUCAGAGUCGUAUAAGGAGGAUGUGGAAUGACACUGUGAGAAAACAAUCUGAAUCGUCUUUUAUCUCAGGUGACAUCAACAGCACUUCAACACUUAACCAAGGAAUGACUGGCAAUUACCUACUAACAAACCCUCUUCUUCGACCACACGGCACUAACAACCCCUAUAACACAUUGCUCGCUGAAACAGUUGUAUGUAAUGCCCCUUCAGCUCCUGUGUUUAACUCACCAGGACAUUCACUGAACAAUGCCAGGGAUACAAGUGCCAUGGAUACUCUACCGCUAAAUGGUAAUUUCAACAACAGCUACUCAUUGCGCAAUGGAGACUAUAACGACAGUGUGCAAGUUGUAGACUGUGGACUAAGCCUGAAUGAUACUGCUUUUGAGAAAAUGAUCAUUUCAGAAUUAGUGCACAACAACCUGCGGGGCAGCAGCAAGAACCACAACCUGGAGCGCACGCUACCGGCCAAAGCUGUGAUCGGCGGGAGCAGUAGCGAAGAUGAUGCCAUCGUGGCAGAUGCGUCAUCUUUGAUGCACAGUGACACCCCCGGGCUGGAGCUCCACCACAAAGAGCUCGAGGCCCCGCUCAUUCCUCAGCGGACUCACUCCCUUCUGUACCAGCCCCAGAAGAAAGUGAAGACCGAGGGAACGGACAGCUACGUCUCACAGCUGACAGCCGAGGCUGACGACCACCUCCAGUCCCCCAACAGAGACUCUCUUUACACGAGCAUGCCCAAUCUCAGAGACUCUCCGUAUCCAGAGAGCAGCCCCGAUGUUGAAGAAGAUCUCUCUCCCUCCAGGAGGAGUGAAAAUGAGGACAUUUACUACAAGAGCAUGCCAAACCUAGGAGCUGGCCAUCAGCUUCAGAUGUACUAUCAAAUCAGCAGGGGUAAUAGCGACGGCUAUAUAAUUCCCAUUAACAAGGAAGGAUGUAUUCCAGAAGGGGACGUUAGAGAAGGACAAAUGCAACUAGUGACAAGCCUUUAAUAGUGUAGCAAAGAAAUAUUAAAGGCCACGUACAAGUAUUAAAAAGACUUAAUUGGCCCCAUGCAGGCUCCCUCGUAUCUGCUUGAAGAGACAAUUCUGUUGACCCUGUGGUUCUCCAGUAAUGGGGAUGACUGGACCUCGCAGUUCUGUGAAUUUUUAUAAAACAAAAACUUUGUAUAUACACAGAGUAUACUAAAAUGAGUUAUUUGUUACAAAGAAAAGAAAUACCAAACAAGGUAUUUUAAGAUAUCUUCUGCUGCUGAAUUUAACAAAAUUGUGAAGAAAAAAAAGAGAAAUAAAACACUUCUCAGCCAUUUUACUGCAGCAGUUUGUGAACUAAAUUUGUAAAUAUGGCUGCACCAUUCUUUUUUCUAGGCCUACAUUGUAUUAUAUACAAGGCGUAGGCUCUAAAAUCCUGUGGGACAAAUUUACUGUACCUUACUAUUCCUGACAAGACUUGCAAAAGCAGGAGAGAUAUUCUGCAUCAGUUUGCAGUUCACUGCAAAUCUUUUCCAUUAGGGCAAAGAUUGAAUACAUGUCUAACCACUAGCAAUCAAGCCACAGGCCUUAUUUCAUAUAUUUCCUCAACUGUACAAUGAACCGUUCUCAUGAAAAAAAAAAUGGCUAAAGAAAUUAUAUUUUGUUCUAUUGCUAGGGUAAAAUAAAUACAUUUGUGUCCAACUGAAAUAUAAUUGUCAUUAAAAAAUAAUUUUAAAGAGUUUGAAGAAAAUAUUGUGAAAAGCUCUUGGUUGCACAUAUGUUAUAAGCUGUUUUUCUUACACUGUUCAUAGUACGGUAGUAUGUUUAAAUGCAAGUUCUACCCGUUUUCACUUAUUUUUCACUGUAAACAGUGUUCUGCUUUGACAAGUUAGUUUUUAUUCUUACGUUUUGAAUUUUUAUUGCCAAAAACCAUAAUUUGGGGAGAAAAUUGUUUGAGAAACCAAUUAUGCCAAGCCUUGCACAAAUUUGGUAUAGCUAACAAAGAUUGUAACUCAAUUCCCUGUUCAUUCUUUAAUUAAUCAGGGUUGGGUGGUAAGGGAUAAAGGGGACACCGGACACUUCUCACAAGCUUUCUCGUGAAUAAAAGGUGCCUGUCCUUUAAAAAAAUAAAUAAAACGUAACUAUUACUCUUCCAUAUUCCUUCUGCCUAUAUUUAGUAAUUAAUUUAUUUUAUGAUAAAAAUCUAAUGAAAUGUAAAUUGUUUCAACAAAAUUCUGCUUUUUUUCAUCCCUUUGUGUAAACCUGUUAAUAAUGAGCCCAUCACUAAUAUCCAGUGUAAAGUUUUAACACCUGUUUGACAGUAAAUAAAUGUGAAUUUUUUU